AAGCUACAUAUCCCCUCUCUCUUUAAUCUAAUUUCUGACAUUAUAUCGAGUCUGUUUGUUGAUUGUACGUAUUGGUCGCGAUGGGGAAAGCUGACUUUCUCUCCCCUAAGGCGAUAGCAAAUCGGAUUAAAUCCAAAGGUCUCCAGAAACUGAGAUGGUAUUGUCAGAUGUGUCAGAAACAAUGCAGAGACGAGAAUGGCUUCAAAUGUCAUUGCAUGUCUGAGUCCCACCAGAGGCAGCUGCUGCUGGCCUCAGAGGACCCCAACAAGUUCAUGGACUUCUUCUCUAAUGAGUUCAAAAACGAGUUCCUGGAGCUGCUCAGUAGACGUUUUGGGACCAAGCGAGUUCACAACAACAUCGUCUACAAUGAGUACAUCAGUGACCGGGAGCACGUCCACAUGAACUCCACACAGUGGGAGACCCUCACUGACUUCACCAAGUGGCUCGGCAGAGAAGGUUUUUGUAAGGUGGAUGAGACUCCGAAAGGCUGGUACGUCCAGUACAUCGACCGCGACCCGGAGACCAUCCGCCGCCAAGAAGAGCAGGCCAAGAAGAAGAAGCAGGACCUGGACGACGAGGAGAGGAGCGCCAAGUUCAUUGAGGAUCAGGUCCGCAGAGGCCGCGACGGCAGAGAGGAGGAGGAAACUCCAGUUUUCACAGAGCUGAAACGAGAGAGUGAAGAAGAAAAAGUUGCUUUCAACUUGGGUGCUUCUUCAUCGGUAGCCCGUCCUUCCACAUCAAGUUCUGGUCUGGGUGCUAGCGCUCUCAAAACAGCAGCAUCAACAUCCUCAACCAAGAGGAAAGACACAUCGUCCAGUUCAGACUCCAGGGAGAAGAAGAGGAAGUCUGCUCUGGAGGAGAUCAUGGAGAUGGAAGAAAAGAAGAAGCAACAACAGUCAGCCAGAGUGGAUAACUGGCUGCAGCCGAACAUUGUGGUGAAAGUCAUCACUAAGAGGCUCGGAGAGAAGUAUCACAAGAAGAAGGCGGUCAUCAUGGAGGUGCGAGACAAAUACGCAGCAGUGGUGAAGUUGAUCGACUCCGGAGACAAACUGAAACUGGACCAGAAUCACGUGGAAACGGUCAUACCUGCACCAGGUAAACCGGUUUUGAUCUUGAACGGCCCCUACAGAGAGACAGAGGCCGUGUUGGAGGGGAUUGAUGAAAAGAAUUUCUGCGGCAUGCUCACACUCAGUUCUGGUCAUCAGAAAGGGAAGACAGUGAAAAUCGCCUACGAAGACUUCUCCAAACUGGCCUGAACCAUGACUCUCCUUCUGUUGUUAUAACCUCAGGACUCUACUGUGUCAGAGUUAAUUCCUCGAGAUCCGCCUUUCACCUGUACAUACACACAUCCCACAAUGCAUUUCCAGCGAGGUGUCACGAAAAGACAAACAUAGAGCAAUGUGUUCAAUUUGGUUUUUAUUUUGUAUUGAUUCUCAGGUUGAUCCGAACAUUGCAGAUGUUAAUAAAUGUUAAUAAAAGA